CCUUUGCCUUCAAUUCUGCGAUUUCCUCGCUUCAUCUUCCACCAGGCGUCUGACUAAGAGAUGGCUGCCAGCACCGCAGCCACGACUCUCCUGCCUCCAGUGAAGAGCGUGGUGGUCUACAGGAAUGGAGACCCCUUCUACAGUGGACGGAGGUUCGUGGUCAACCAGCGGCAGGUGGCCACCAUGGAGGCCUUUCUUAGUGAGGUGACCCAGAGCAUCGGGGCUCCGCUCGCCGUCAGGACUCUGUACACCCCGAGGCAGGGCCACAGGGUCACAGACCUGCAGGACCUUCAGACAGGAGCCCAGUAUGUUGCUGCUGGCUUUGAAAGGUUCAAGAAACUGGAUUACCUGAAUGCAAGAACAAAAAAGCAACCUGCUGCCCGUGAAGAAACCCAGGUCAAAGUGACCCAGAGGCCAAAUGUUUCAGCGAAGUGGAGGAAGUUUAUACCUGUACCUUGCAUUAUACAUGUUUUCCGUAAUGGAGACCUCCUAUGUCCACCCUUCCGGUUCAUCAUACCUCGGAGCAUGCAGCAGGACCUGGAGCAGAUACUGAGUCUGGUCACAGAGAAGGUCAGCUUACGAACUGGAGCCGUGCGCAGGUUGUGCUCUUUGGAUGGAGCGACUGUGGCCUCAGCUGCGGAGCUGGAAACUGGCCACUGCUAUGUUGCCGUGGGAACCGAGAGGUUCAAGAAACUUCCAUACGUGGAGCUGCUGGUUUCAAAAGCUACUGAGAGAUAUUAUCCAGGAAAGAGAAGGUUGCUAAGGAGACACGAGAACAGGAAAGCUGGAAGCGGUCCAGAGGACCAGUGCAGUGACUCAGCCCUCCUCGACUCCCCAGAGUCGGAUGGUCGGAGGGUGAAAUCGACAGGAGAUGAAGCUGCAGCUCCAGCAGCCGCACAGCAGAGGAGCAGGAGAGAGGGAGCAGAGGAGACCUCUGCGUUCUUUGCCAGGCCAGUCAAGAUCCGCAACUACAGAGGAAGGCCAAGACCGCCACUCAGCAAUGGAUCAGUCCAGCCCAGUGUGUUUAAAAGAGCAGCACGGAAGAGAAGAGAGGAGGUACGAGGGGCUGAGGAGGUGCACGAGGAUGAAAACACAGUGACGGAGCUUCCUGUUGACCAGAGAGCUGCAGAAAUAGUGGAGGAUGAAGAACUAGGCAACCAAAACAAUCCUCUGCACAACACACAGCAGAUACAAAUGAUAACGAGUGAGCAGCACAAUGAGACUGAACACCUACACAACCACAGCGAAAAGCAGCAGGCUCAGUUGUCUGAUGGUGUGAAACAGACAGAAGGAUCUGCCAGGACUGAGGAGUCUGCUGCUGAAAUACUGGAGCCUGAGCUGAAGCAGACAUCUUUAAAGUCGAAACCUUUUUCGUCCACCUCACAGGAAAAGAACAUGGAAGAAAAGGAGAGCCCACAGGACGCCCCUUCAAUUACAGCAGAACAGAACCAUCAUCAGCUGAACUGUGAAUGACGAGCAGGAGAUUCAUCACAGAGGUUUCACAACAGCCACAGGCGUAGCAGAUGACCCAGCAACUGCUGCUAUAAUGACCUACUGUGUGUGGCUAAAUGAAUGUUUGAUUAAACUGGUAGUUAUGGAUGGAUUAAUGGACGGGCCUACCGGGCACAGGCCCAAGGGCACCCUUCAUCUGCAAAAUGUCACUCAAAUUACAGACCAGGAAGAUAAGCAACAUGACUGCAAAGAGAUGCAAAACAGCUACAAAGAGAUUCAAAAUGACUACAAAGAGAGUGAAAAUGACCUCAAAGAGAUUCAAAACUGACUACAAUGUGAUGCAAAACUUCUACCAGGAGACACAAAAAGACAACAGAGACACAAAGUAACUAAAAAGACUUGUAAAACAACUACAAUGAGAUUCAAAAUGACUAGAAAGAGACAAAAUUAACACAAGAAGACA